UUGACUCAGCUGCAUCGCAGCAUUCCGGUCAGUUGGGUUCCGACAGCGCGGUUGGCUCGGGCGUGGGAAACAAUACACAUUCGGACAUCAGUACAAAGACCGCACACCAGCUCGGGUCAGCCACGAAUGUCACCGAAAGGAGCCCCCAUGCAGCCGUGAGUCGGACCCACACCGAGAGAACGAGAUUUUCAAACUGACCCGUCUUUCUUUCUGCCCGUGAGCGCAAGAAGCGAGCCGACCGUUUUUUUUUAAACAUGGCGAGGCGUCAAGCUCACGUUGCGUCCGUUGUCGACGCCGGCGACGAAAACUCCAGACCCUUCGGGGCUGCCCCUUCCAAGAGGUCCGAGAACCCCGACAGCAAGGUGCACACCCAGGCUUUGACCAAGAGGCCGGCGCUGACCAGUUUGCAGCCCAAUUUGGUGGCGGGCGGUGGCAAGCAGGCCGGGCCCACGAAGCGUGAUUUGGUUCGACAGCAAUCCAACGCCCGGCGGUCGGCCAGACUGAGCUGCAGAGGACCCAGUUUGUGCCGUGCUCCACCGAGCUUCGAGAUCUACGCAGAGUCGUCUGGCGCACGGGGGUCGCAAGUCGACGUCAAGGCGGCUGUCCCCGCCGUUGCUCCCGAUGAGGACGGCGAGAACGCUCCUCAUUUUGAUGAUCGGGGGGCGUCCGGCGAUGUCUGCUCAGACUCUCCAGACUGUGGAAUGGAGUGCGAGGCCGCGGACUCCCCCAUGGUCCUGGACACGUCCCUGCACACCCUGGAGCCCAUGUCCUACAUGGAGGUCCGGGACCUGGAGGCCAGCUCGGAGUACGCCCAGGACAUCUACACCCACCUCAGGCAGCAGGAGGAGAAGCUGACCCCGAAGCCGACGUACAUGAGCAAGCAGCCGGACAUCACGUCCUCGAUGCGCACCAUCCUCGUCGACUGGCUGGUGGAGGUGGCCGAGGAGUAUCGCCUGCACCCGGAGACUCUCUUCCUCGGCGUCUCCUACGUGGACCGCUUCCUCUCCGCAAUGUCGGUGAUCCGCAACAAGCUUCAGCUCGUCGGCACAGCUGCCCUCUACAUCGCUGCGAAGUUUGAGGAGAUCUACCCACCGGAGGUGUCGGAGUUUGUCUUCAUCACGGACGACACGUACACGAAGCAGCAGGUGCUUCGGAUGGAACAGCUAGUGCUCAAGGUGCUUUCGUUCGACAUGGCGGCCCCCACCAUCUACUACUUCCUGCUCCGCUUCGCGGAAGUCGGCAAGGCCCCGGACACCGUCAAGCACCUGGCUCACUAUCUGUGCGAGCUGACGUUCCUGGAGGACGACCCGUACCUUCAGUACCUGCCCAGCAUUGUUGCCGGUGCGUCCUUGUGCCUAGCUAACCACACGCUCAACCGAUACCCAUGGUCCUCGGACCUGGUCCUCUACUCUGGCUACAACGUGGAGGACUUCAAGGAGUGCAUCCACAGCCUGUACAGCAGCUUCUGCAAUGCUGGCACACAAGCACAGCAGGCCAUCCAGGAGAAGUUCAAGUCCUCCAAGUUUCACUGCGUCGCAAAUCUGAAGCCUGCGUGCACGCUGCCCUUCUAGCGGACAACUCCGCGUCGCCACCACUGCCGCUCAACACGAACAAGUUUUUUCAAUUGCAUGUUGGACAAUAACGUACAUCGAUGGUCGAAGUGUGCAAUUUCAUGUCUUGUGCCAUUGUGAAAUGUAUGUCGCCACGGCUGUUUUAAGCAUUUGAAUGAAACCCAUUUUUUUAUGUGUGGCGGGGGAAGGGGGGGCCAAUAUUUCUGUGCUUUGUCUCUUCCUCCGACGGACUAUAGGCAAAACUGUUGGCUUGGCUGCCAGGCCCAGUAACGAGAGAGUUAGGAAUUAUGCAACGCGUUGCAGUUUUUCUAACUGGAGACCUGCAACAUCUCAAGCACCAUGGCGCAUGUUUUUUGGCUCGCUUGAGAUUGAUCCUGGUGGUUUGUAGCCUUGUCUGUAGUUCGCAUCAAAAUGAGGAAGUAUACUUGUUUGCAAGUCCGGUCUCAGGGCGCCGCCAUCUUCCUCAGUGGGGUGCGCUCUUGGGCGCGGCCAUAAUCCUAUUAUGACGCCUUAGCAAGGCUUCGUAAUCAGAUUAUUACUCGUCGGAGUGCACCCCAUCAAGCAAGAUGGCAGCGCCCUGAAGCCUGACUUGCAAACGUGUAUAGAGCGCAUCUCGCAGCCUUUACUUGCCCCUCCCCUUCGGUUUUUAAUUUCCACGGUCGGUCUCCGACAUACUCAUGUACAGUGCAGAUACGAUUCGGAUGCAUUAUCCAAAGAGACUCUUCCAAGGUGUAUGAAACGGAGGUAUAUUUAUCCAAUUGCCACAUCCUUUAUUUUUUUUAUUUUUUAACAAACUAACUCCAUUUUAAGCCCUGUACAUAAGUGUCGAACAAAGUAUGCUUUUUAAGCCAGUAUCUGUCCAAUCCAAUAAAUGUCCUGAACCAGA